AUUCGCGUCUAUUUGGUACGCAAACAGUAAAAGCAUAAAAAAAACAAUUUUUACUAUUUUUCUACGUUUUUAUAAAUGAACACACAACAACAAAUAAUGCUUUAAAGCAUAGUUUUAACUAAAUUCAUACCGAAAACCGUGCUAGGUGCACACUUGCCUGGCCCGCGAAAAAUCCAAUCAGAAAACGAAAAAGGCCAGCGACAGCACAAAAUGGAAAGGCACUAACCAAUACAACAACAAGAGCAGAGCCGCAGCAGCAGCAGAAACCACAACCAGGCCAGCCAGCAUGUCGUGGCAUUUGUGAGCAGCGCGCCAAAAAACUUGUCACGAAGUAUCUUGUUAUUGACGUACGCUCCCGCGCUUAAGAGCUACGCACCCGACCCAAACCCGCCUCGCCUCGCCUCCUCUCCACAACGCCCCCCCUCCACACAAAAAAAAAAUUAUCAGCAACCAAUACCCGCCCAGUUCAAAUCACGUCCAGUCCUAGUUGUGGCAAAGUUCGAGGCAGCUUAUGAUGCAUAUCAAGAGCCUGCCGCACGCACAUCAGGCCGCCGCGGCAAUGAGCAAUUGUGACAUUGUCAUCGUUGCCGCGCAGCCGCAAACAACUAGCGCCAACAACAACAAUGAUACUGUUACACAGGCGAGUCAUGCCAGCCAUGUGGCAGCUGUGGCCCAUGCCCAGCUCCAGCAACAACAGCAUCAGCAACAACAACAGCAGCAGCAACAACAACAACAACAGCAGCAACAACAGCAGCAGCAGCAGCAACAACAACAGCAGCAGCAACAGCAGCAGCAGCAACAACAACAGCAGCAACACAAUCAACAACAACAACAGCCGCCCGCGCCGACAGAAAUCGCCUUACCCUUUAAUAUGCAUUUGAGCGGAAUUUCAGCGGAGGCACACAGUGCCGCACAGGCGGCCGCAAUGGCAGCUGCGCAGGCCGCGGCAGCGCAAGCCGCCGCCGCGGAUCAACAGCAGCCGGCGGCAGCGCCUCCAUCGGCAUCAUCAUCGCAUACGCUGGCACACCUGGUUGCAAAUGCCACACAUAGUCCGACAACGCUUGCGGGCGAACCGCACUACGUCAGCAAUGGGCAUUCGGGCAAUGAGCAUUCGGGCGAGGGCAACGGUUCGAGUGGUGGCAGCGGCGGCGGUGGCGGCGGACGGGACCAGGAAAAGCCGUUCCAUUGCACUGUGUGCGACAGGCGAUUUCGUCAGCUGAGCACACUGACCAAUCAUGUGAAGAUCCAUACCGGCGAGAAGCCCUACAAAUGCAACGUGUGUGAUAAGACGUUCCGUCAAUCGUCAACGCUGACGAAUCAUUUGAAAAUUCAUACUGGCGAAAAGCCGUACAAUUGCAACUACUGUCCCAAGCAUUUCCGUCAGCUGAGCACAUUGGCCAAUCAUGUCAAGAUUCAUACGGGUGAAAAGCCGUUCGAAUGCGUCAUAUGCAAGAAACAAUUCCGGCAAUCGAGCACGCUCAACAAUCACAUAAAGAUCCAUGUCAUGGACAAGGUCUACGUUCCUGUCAAGAUCAAAACGGAGGAGGACGAGGGGUGACUAGGACGCAUGGCGUUGGCGCAACAUCAGCAUCUCCAUCAUCAACACCAGCAGCAGCAGCAUCAUCAACAGUCGUCAACGCCAACGCAUCAACAGCAGCAACAACAACAACAACAACAGCAACAACACCACAUCGAACAUCAGCGUGGAGUUACUAUUACAACACUUCCAUCCACAACGACAGUCGCCCAGCAUCAACAACAACAGCAGCAGCAACAGCAAUCGCAUCUGCAGCCCUCUCUUGGCAAUGGCAGCUCACCGCAUCAUCAUUUCAAUGUAGCCGCAUUGGGUGAUUUGUCCAGCGCUAUGCAAUUGGGCGCUGUGACAGCCGAUGGCAAUUUUGUGACCAUGGGCGGUGUUGUUGUAGGACGCAUACAACAUCCAAGGAGCGAGGAGCUGCAGCAUCUCGGCGUCAUCAAGGUGGAAUCGCCAACGAAUGUCAUCAGCGGCUCAGUGACGGGCGGUCAACGCGAUGGAUGAGUCGAUAGGCUGCUCCUCGAGCUAAUGCUCAAGAAGAAUGAUCUGGAGAAUGAUAUUGCGUGUGUGACGCUGGAGCAGUACCACCAGCAGCAGCAUCAGCAAGAGCAGCUACGGCAACGGCGACGCUGCCAUAAAACUUGAAUCGUUGCUGCGAUGUUGUUGCUGCCUGUUUGCUGCUGUCGUUGUUGCUGCUGUUGUUGUUGUUGUUGGUGUAUACGCUUAUGUUGUUGUUAGUUGUUUAGUAGUAGCGAAACAUUGUUGUUGUUAAGGUUUAAAAGUGACUAAGAACUUA